GAAUGACGAGCAGCCCCAGGCUCCCACGCAACGUUCCCAAUAUUACCCCGGUUCUAUCCCCGGGCCCAUGGAGCUUUCUGUCUCUUGACGCCGGCUGUUCCCUCUGACUAGCCCUUCUGAAUCGCUGAUCCUCUCCUGCCAUCCCCCUCUGGAGAUCUUCCUAUAGGCAGCACUGUUACACCGCCAUACGCACGUCACCUCCGUGUGGAGUGGAAAUAAAGGAGACGAGAAAAGCUGUUGAACUCCCAGGUGUGGUUUCACAUCUCGAUCCUACGUUAGGAGAGCCCAGCCGCUGGUUUCUCUCUGGUGUCAAAAGUUUGACGUUCUCAACAGAGCGGCCUAAGAGCCAGCCGCCUCGGGAAAGGAGGAUCACAUUGGAACGUGGCAUCUGAUUCCGGCCUUCGUAAAGCACAAAGUGAUCUCAUGUCGUCCAACGGUCCGGUACAACGCAAGCCGCCAGCACCAGAGCUGGCGUCUGACUCGACAUCAUACCGAGGAGACACAGGUCGACACAAAUACGCCCGUCCCGAAGGGAAUUAUGGGUUGUUUCUCCAGAUAGUUCGCAGCUUGCUGAUCGUAACAUGGUUCAAUUGCUGCUGCAUUUCUAUCGUUGCAACUCAAGCUAUAGGUCUGCCACUUUACCUCGUCAACAAGCGGUGGUUUUAUUCGUACAUGGCGAUGACGAAGCGAUUCUUUGGCAUCACAAUUACCGCACUCACACAAUGGUCGAGUCCGACGCCAGUUCGAAUCAGUGGAGAUAGCAGCAUGCAAGGCCAAUUCAGCCUCCGAAAUGAUGGAACGGUAGUUACAAAAUUCCCGGAGCGACUUGUCUUGAUCGCGAACCAUCAAGUCUACACAGACUGGCUUUACCUAUGGUGGGUAUCAUACACGAGCAAUAUGCACGGAUAUAUAUAUAUUAUCUUGAAAGAAUCUCUCAAGUAUAUCCCCUUUAUCGGACAGGGAAUGAUGCUGUACGGUUUCAUUUUCAUGGCACGCAAAUGGAUUGAGGAUAAGCCACGAUUGCAGCAUCGCUUGCAGAAAUUGAAAACCAGCCAUGGAAAGUCUCCCGAUGGCUUACCGGUCUUCGACCCCAUGUGGCUGCUUAUCUACCCCGAAGGCACGAACCUAUCUCGAAACACCAAAAGACGAAGCGAUGCAUAUUGCGAGAAGCAAGGAAUUGCUCCGCGUAAACACACGCUGCUCCCCCGUUCCACUGGGUUGUUCUUUUGUCUCCAGAAGCUCAGAGGAACUGUCGAUUAUGUGUACGACUGCACGGUUGGUUACGAGGGUCCACCGAAAGGCAGCUAUGCAGAAUCCUACUUCACUCUUCGUUCUACGUAUCUGCGGGGACGACCUCCGAAGGCUGUGAAUUUCUAUUGGCGGCGUUUUGCUAUUCUAGAUAUUCCACUCAACGACCAGAAGGAGUUCGAGGAUUGGAUUUAUAAGAGAUGGGGAGAGAAGGAUCAGCUACUUGAACGGUUUGCCGAAACCGGCCGAUUCCCGCCAUUCGAACCCGAAACCACCUCCAGUACAGGAUUUAAAGAGGAGAGGAACCAGGCGACAGGCAGUGCUAAUGAUGGCUAUAUCGAAAGCGAAAUUAGGCUCAGACAUUGGAGUGAAGCCGGCAGAGUCUUUACAAUUCUUAUCACAUUGGGCUUAGUUCUUAAGUUCCUUCCACAAAUUUGGAAUUAGGAAUUCGGGGGCUUUUGGUUUUUCUGCUUUUUAGGGGCGGCUUGCUUGGUUAGAAAU